UUGUACCUAUCCGUGGCCGUGCCGUUUCCAUUUCGGCUACACAGGUCCUACCGAGAAAUGCGUCGUCGUAUCAUUGCAGUCUUCCGCAGUCAGUGGUUGCGGUGCGCGAUGGUCGCGUUGGCGAUCAGUUACGCGGCCGAAUGUGUAAUCCGCAACGAACCGUACUGGGAAACGGAUGUGGCGUACUUGCACUGGUCCACCGACGUGCCAGCAAUCACCGUCUGUCCUGCAGCAGCUUCCGGUCGUACAGCAGAUUACCUUCGACCGCUGACGCUGAGUAACCCAAUGUUUAACGAGAUUGACAAUACUUUAGGUGUAAAUAUAAUAAAACGGACAAACGAAUUUAAAAAAAAGGAUAGUUUUUUAUUGUGUCAAAAUAUGUUUAAAAAUUGUUCAUGGAACGGAAAGCCCUUCAACUGUUGCAGGCAUUUUCAACCACACCGAUUCAUCAUUGAAAACCCUUGUUUUAGCAUCAAUUCUCUACAAACAAUUAACAAAAGAAAGAAAUUGGUUGUUAGCCAUUUUUCGAAAAAAGGAGAAUUAAAAAUGGAAUUCAAUGAGCCAGUUAAGAUUUCACUGCACAAUUUGGUAGACGUACGAUUUGGUGAGUUACAAAAACAAUACGUUACGGUAAACGCAGGCGAGGAAGUGGAACUGUUGUAUACGACCCGUCAAAUCGUCGAGGACGUUUCAUUGGUAGCUUUGGACUUGACCAAACGCGGAUGUUUGUUGCAAGACGAGAAAAAGUUAUUUCAUCACCCCGUUUACAGUAAAUCCGCCUGUUUGCUAGAGUGUGCUUUGCGCCAACCCGAAAUAUACGCUAAAAGUUACACAUUAUGUGAUUGUCUUCCUAUAUGCGCAGAAAUGGAAAUAAAUAACAUAUGGAAUGGAACCCAAAGAUCGGUCGAUAAUGUUACAAGAUGUAUCCUUACUAUGUCAAAACCAGCAACGGAACGAUUGGUAAUGAAAGCCAAAAAAGAUUACGUAGAUUUAAUAGUUAUCAUUGCCUGCUUGCUACAAUUGUUCACCGGAAUCAAUCUAUUAGACAUUCCUAAAUUUAUAUUCAAAAAAAAAAAAAAUAAUAAUUAACCCUGAAAUUAUAUAACUUAUAAUAAUUUAAGUUAAGCUUAAA